AAUGAGAAAAACGUCAAAAUUUUGAUUCGACGGUUACAUUCAAAUGCCUUUCACGACAUGUGCAACAUUAAAAGAAAUUUGAUAAAAAACAACGUGCAAGUGUCAAAGUGAAUUUCAAGGACGACGAUGCAUAAAUCAUAUAUUUGGUUUUUUCAUGUAACAAUGGACAUUCCUUUGGAUAUAAAUGUGUUUCAAAACCAUUGUGGAACCGGAAAUAAAUUUUAGGGACUUUUAGUUUAUAUUUUGUCCACAGGUUCGUUGUAAUCGCACACAUGUUGAAUGAACUGUAGAAAACAGUUUUAAUAAUAGGUUAUGUUUUAUAGAUUUAAUUCUAAAAAAAUAAAAAAUGAUAGAUAAAAAAGACAAAAAUAACCUUAGUGGUUACAAAACUGUGUGGAUUCAUUUUAAUCAUGAAAAUGUGGAUAGGCAUCAAUUGUUUUUAAAAAAGCAUUGGAUUAAAAAGCAAGAGCCUGAAUAUCCAAGAGGUAAAACUUUGUUUGUGUUGAACAUACCACCAUAUGCUACAAUAGAUUCAUUGAAGAAUGCAUUUACAAAACUUUGUGGUGAAGUAUCAUCUGUUGUGUUUACAACAUCAGUUGGAUUUAAAACUGGUUAUAUAGUAUUUAAGAAUGAAUCUAGUUUAGAUAAAGCACUACGUAUACCAAGUGAACAUGCGAUAUGUUUAAGUACAGAUGAAGACACAUAUUUAACAGGUUUUGCAAAAUGGUGUACCGAAUACAAUGAUUCAUUACGUUCUGAACAAGAUUUAAAGAAAGAGAUAAGUAUAUACAUGGCUAUGUAUGAUCAGAAAAUUGCAGAUCGUAUUGCAAAAGAAAAAUCUGCUGAGGAAGGAGAAGAUGAUGGAUGGGUGACUGUUACGAGUCGAAAGAAAAGAGGAAAAUUUGCUACCAGUAGAAAAGAAUCUACUAUAAACAAGAUAAGAACUAAUUUAGAAUUAAAGAAUCGUAAAAAACAAUUGCUCAACUUUUAUACAUUUCAAAUUCGUGAAUCGAAGAAACAACAUCUGGCAGAAUUACGAAAGAAGUUUGAAUUGGAUAAGCAAAAAUUACAAGAACUUAAAAAGAAACGAACUUUUAAACCAUUUUAAAUGAAUAACAACAAUAAGAAAGAAUAAACAUUAAGAAUACUUUUUUUCAAGCAGUUUUCGAAGUAUACGUUUGAAGAGUCCAUUCAAUUAAAAAGUGUUG